AUGGAUCAGGCCAUGUUAGUGAGCAAUCGCAGUUCCCAGAACGUCGUGGACGGUGUGCCUCGAAGUGGGAUGAGUAAGGCUUUGGACCAGAGUGCUUUCAUAGACGUCCGGCACGAAAGACCGAUUCAACCAAAUUCGCGGCCCAUGACCCAACCUGGGCCUCCUUCUCAAUACUAUCCUCCCGGAUCGUACCAGGGAUACCAACAGCCUCUUUCCGGAUCGUACCAGGCUCCUUACCAGAGACAGGACGUGUAUAUGCAAGGUCCACCUCAAGCAGAUUAUUAUGGAAGGGUUCCUAACGUUGCACCUCCAAGAAUGCGCAACAACUACGCGGGAUAUGGAGGGUCUCAGUCCAGACGGGGCUCUCUUGCCUCGAACUCGUCCUCGUCAGUCAACAAAUUUUUCAAACGAGGCAUGAAAUUCGGUAAAGGUGACGAUGAUGACGACGGUAUGGGAGAAGGUGAUGCAGACGUUGAGGUCGACACGUCCACAGAGUCUGUUUCUUUUGAUGAUUUGAAACAUAUCAGGGGUGGAGGAAGAUACGGAAACGGCUCCUCUUCUUUGGAUACUCAGCCGUACAUCCCCACGCUGUCCAAUAAGCCAAAGGGUCCUAACGGUCAGCUGUCCAACGUGCAAUACAGAAAGCAAAUGACCCACCAAAAGAAGAUGAUGGCUUCCCAGGCUGCCAACAUGGGCAAGGGCCCUCCAAGAGCCAUGUCCAUGCAAUCAGCGGGUCCUGGUCCAGGAUACCCGACAGGACGGAUGGGCUACGAUCCUAGAGCCAUGUCGAUGCAGUCGAGACCACCACAGUUCAACCAAUACCCUGGAUAUGAUAUGAGCAAUGCUCCUCCACCGAAAGCCAUGUCUAUGACCUCGAGAUAUUCUGCAUCCGGUUUCAGGCCUGGUCAACAAAACUUUGCACCUCAGCCGAUGAGCUAUGGAGGCCAGCCACAGAUGGCACCAAUGCAGCAACCUUACCCUGCGCGUCCGGGUUAUGUUCCACAGCAGCCUGUCUCUUACCCGCAACAAAUAAGACAGACCCAGCAGGUUCCACCUAGCCAGCCUUUUCAGCCUAUACCACAAGCACAAAUACAAGCACAGCCGGACCAGCAGAUUCAGUCGCUGCCGUACGUGCAAUCUCAACAGGCGCGUUCUGUUGGUCCUCUCAAGCCUGAACCAUCAACACGUGAUCCGAUUUCGGAAAACGGUGGGGUUACGGAACCACAAGUCGAGGCUGCAGUUCAACCUCCAAGUCCAGUCAAGUCUGAGAGCAGCGUGAUAACCGAGCCAUUCCAGCCAAUCAACUCCAGCAAGGGGAGACUCAACAAGUACGUGUUUGCUGACAGUGACGACGAACAGGACGACGAGCCUGUGCGUGAAAUGAACGCUUCAAGAGAAGAGGACUAUGAAGAGGAGGAAGCUCAAAUUCAACAGCCUCAAGCCGAAGUUGCUGAACAAGAGAAAUUUGUCACGCCACAGGAACCUGAGACGCUGGAAAGAAAGCUCGAGCCAACGGAUAUCCCAGCCGAAGAGGACCUCUCAAAAAGUGCCGAAACUUUGCAUGGUACUCAAGAGAGAUUUUCUCCUGCCAAGUCUGUGGCUUCAACGUCGACUCGUCGUCAAACUGAGCCAGACGAACAGUCCACCAGACAGUCGUCUUACUACUCGGAACAAGUCAGAAUGCCAUCUGGAAGCGAGCCGGCCUCCUCCAUGUACUCAGUCACGUCGUCUCAUGAAAGCAACGAGAAACCAAGAGUGGCAAGCGCUCAAAUUUAUCAACUCGCGCAUGAAUCUACAACUCAACAGGAUGUCUUCACAACCGCAACAGAGCUGCCAAUCGACGAGGAAGAUGGCGGCUUCGAAGAGCCUAGAACUGCGAACAGAUUCGAACAGUACGAAUCAAGCAAGAACAAUUCAAAUUCCACAUUGCAGGCUUUUGAAGCUCCUCACAGCGUGACCGACCAAUGUGACAGUUUUUCAUUCGAUUCCAUUUCCAAAACUCCUCAGCAUUCUGUGAUUGAAAACGGCGAGAUCGAGAGAGAAGUUGCUGGUGACCAUACCAAUAACAGUAGCAUCUCGGACAAAGUGGAAUCUUUCGUUCCAGAAACCAAGCAAAGUCCGCAAUCGAAACGGACCUCACAGGGCCAACCACCAAGUCAUAUCAGCAGAGAUGAUAGCUAUCUCGAAACAUAUCAAGCAUACGGAUAUGGUGAUUUGAGUUCAAUUCAUUCGAAAUCGUCGGAAAUCGAGAAGGUUCCUGUUAAUAGAUCUUUGGACGAACAACAGCCCAAAAACGAGGAGCCUGCAAGUUCUAACUUGGCCAACGAAGUUCCGCCUCCCACUGGUACCGCAUCGAAGGCAACACAAGCACCAGCACAAGUCCAAGGUCCUCGUCCUUAUCGGUCUAUGCUUUUCGCAGACGAUGUCAAGAACGAUAGCAAUAAGCCAAGCAACGCUUCUCACCAGUCAUCAUUUGCUUCUUUGAAAGCCAGAUCUAGAAAGCCUCCUCCAAAGCCAUUACCUAUUGAGAAGGAAGAAGAUAUUGGCCCACAGAAAAAAUCUCCAUUUUUGGGCUUCAAAGAAGCAUUUUCGAAGCCUGUUUCCGCCAGUGGUAGCCCUAAACUGCCGAACGCUAAACAUUUCUUGAAGAAGAUUUCCAGAAAGAAACGCGAAGAGGAAGAGCCAAUUAGUGCUCCUGCCCAGCCCGACGUUUCUUACAAGGUGAUUGGUGCUUCUGCCAAAUCUGCACAGAACAGUGGAUAUGCACACAACUACCAUGGAUUGACAAUCAAUUUACCACCUCAAGACCCUUCAUCCCCAAUGAAGAACAAAAAACUUCCAAAAACUCCUAUAACUCCAUCGGACUCUUUGAUGAAUUACAGAUUGACAUUGAACCUUGCAAACGAGGAAAACGAUUACAGACUAAGCAGAAUUGUGGAUAUGGACAUUGACGAAAACGCGUUCGCACAAAAUUCUAGCAUUGAUGGCAUGAAUGGAAAUGACACUAGCAUUGAUUCAGACAAAGCCACUCCUCUUGCCAAUUCGAGUACCACAUUAGAUUCGAAGGAGGACAUUCACACAAAGUCGUUGCCCGUUACUCAGAACCAGGAAAGUUCGAAGCUGGUGAAUUCUCAUCUGUCAACACCUCCACGUACCAAGAAUGACGAAGACUUUGAUUUCGUUUCUCCUGAAUCGCGGAAAUCAGCAAAACAUUCAUCGCAGGAGUAUCCAGAAAUUGCUUCGUAUCCAUACUUGAUCAACAAAAUUUAUGAUUCUCAGCAUAAAGGCACUGAUUCGGCAUUGCCAACGUCAAAUGGAAGAAAGUCUCCAGAGACACUUUCGUAUAGAAACGGGUUUGACGAGCCUGUCAAAGAGGAGAGGGAGAUAAAGAAGGUGCCUGCUGAGAAGGAGGUUAGACCAUUCUCUACUCGCUCCAAUGAUAAGCUUCCUCCCGUUCCCGUCUCUGAAACCAAAUCCGUUGAGUCUAAGGCUAUGGACAAUGCUUCUGCUUUGGAGCCAGAGGCAAACUCGACGUUUCUUUCUGAGUUCAAUGCAAAGCCUGUUUCUCCAGAGAAGAAGAGUGCUGUUCUUUUGGCUCCUGCCUCGAGAUCCGUUUCCCCAGAGAAGAGACCUGUUGACUACCCAAGCCAGUCGACUUCUGCUGGGUCUUCGACUGUUGGAACGCGCUCUGAUCGCUCGUUGAAUGGUGGGCUUGCUCCUCAAUCACACCAGGGUUCCAAGGGGUUGACCGAUUCUGUGCCUAAUGCACAGAUCACUCCCGUUUUCACGCCUACACAACUGGGCCUUUUCAACUCCAACCAGGAGCUGUUCAACGAACUGCAAAUUGUGUCGGGCGAAUUGGCAGGAAGUAUUUCAAGAGAAAUCAAACUGCAGCACAAGCUUGGUUCUCACAAUAUUCCUCUUGAGACAGAGGGAGUUGACGAACAGUCGAAGAUCGACAAGUUGGUCGAACAGCUUGCAGACGAGAGAAGAAAACGGUUUGCUGUUGAGGAGUUCCUUGCUCAGCAGUACAACAAGGGAUUCGAUAUUGAGGACUUGAAAAACAGGGUUUACAACAAUUCGGACAUGAGACACCAGAUAUUCCAGUUGACUGAAGAGAAGAAUCUGAGUAAGAGCAAGUUCGAGAUUCUCGAGCAGGAACACUCUGAGUUGAAGAGCAAGCUGGAAAAGGCCUUGAGUGAGAACAAGGAGUUGACGAGCAAAACGAUACCUCAAUUGAAGAACCAAUUACAGGUGAUGGAAAACUCUGUUUCUGCGUCUCACAACGAGUCUCUUUUGAACGAGUUGAAACAACUCAAAAUCGAAAAGAACCGUUUGAAGAGCCAGCUGGAGACAAAGAGCAAUGUUGUCGAACUGGAGUCUCACAAGCAAGAGCUUCAGGAAGCUCUCAAGAACGUGAAAGCACAGAAAGAAAUGGACCUCAAGAUGAGUGCCGAGAGAAUCCGGUCAUUGGAGUCAAAGGUCGAGAGAUUGACUCUUGCCAACGGCCAGUUUUCUCAAAAAACCGCAGAGGUUUCCGAAGAAUGA